GUUCAACUCCCAUUAAGCUACAUUUUCUUCAAAUAACAAAAACAACCUGAUUUUCUCUCUUCAAAAAACUUGAAACAUUUUAUUGUGAAAGAAGCAAUGAGAUCAACUGGGUAUUUCUCUCCACCAAGACCUAGUUCACCUUUACGUUCUUCUAUUACUUCUAAUAAUUCCCCUUCACGUCAUAUUACUACCUUUUCUGAAUCUUUAAUGGAGGACACAAUUAACGACGCUGGAUCAAUUAUUCGUAGAUGGGAUCUCGAUGCAUCUACUUCAUACAACAGAGUCGCUAAUCUUUUCAGAGAUUAUCGCGAAGAGGCACAACAACUUCUUGAUGCUGUAAACAACUUGCAACAUUGUAUGCAUUUUGUUAUUAAAGAAAAAUCCAGCUCUGGACUUCUUGUUCAGGCUCAAACUCUCAUGCAAAUUGCAAUGAAGAGACUUCAAAAAGAAAUGUACACUAUCUUGUCGGGAAAUCGUUAUUUCCUAGACUCCGAAACUCUGUCUACUCGAUCCUCCAGACAAUCAACACGAUCCAGUGUCUCCGAUGAUGAUAAUGAUGAUGAAGUUAAUGAGAUAACUAACACCCCGGACACCGAGGUUUCAGUUAGUACUCGUGUUUCUGAGGUUGAAAAAGUCUCUGAACUUGUCAUGCAGAAUUUAAAAGCCAUAGCUGAUUGUAUGAUUGGUGCUGGUUAUGGAAAAGAGUGCGUGAAGAUUUACAAUCUUAAUCGAAAAUCAGUCAUCGACGAGACCUUGUAUUAUUUAGGAGUUGAAAAAUUAACCACUUCGCAGAUUCAGAAAAUGGAUUGGGAUGUGUUGGAGAAGAAAAUAAAGAAUUGGUUAAGUGCUGUGAAAAUAGCAGUGAGUACUUUAUUUCACGGCGAAAAAAUUCUGUGUGAUCAUGUUUUCUCUGCUUCUGAUGCAAUCAGAGAAUCAUGCUUCUCCGAAAUCGUUAAAGAAAGUGCUCUAAAUCUUUUUUCAUUCCCGGAAAUGGUAGCUCAGUACAAGAAGUUAACUCUGGAGAAAAUGUUCACUAUCCUCGAUCUUUACAACUCAAUUUCUGAUCUAUGGGAUGACAUCCAGUUCAUUUUCAGUUUCGAUUCCCUUGCAGUAAUCAAAUCUCAGGCGGUAACGUCACUGGUGAAACUCGGUGAAGCUGCCCGAUUUAUGCUAGCGGAGUUUGAAUUGGCGAUUCAGAAAGAUUCAUCGAAAGCAAAGUCAGGGGGUGGGGUCCACCCCCUGACUCGCUACGUCAUGAACUACCUAGUUUUCCUCGGGGAUUAUAGCUUCGCUUUUUCCGAGAUCAUCGCUGAUUUUCCGCUUUCGAUACAAACUCCGUUACCGGAAUCUUACGCCGAUGACUCGCUGUCUUCUGUCCGAAUUGCUUGGAUCAUUCUUGUCCUCCUUUGUAAACUUGACGGCAAAGCUCAACACUAUAAGGAUGUUUCAUUAUCCUAUUUGUUCUUAGCGAACAACUUAAACUAUGUCGUUUCGAAGGUGAAAAAGUCAAACCUAAAGCUUUUACUUGGAUCUGAUUGGUUAUCAAAGAACGAAACGAAAGUCAAACUGUACAUUUCAAACUACGAGAGGAUGGGAUGGACCAAAGUGCUGACGUCAUUCCCCGAGAAUUCAACGGUGGAGAUGUCAUUGCCCGAAGCAAGAGAUUGGUUUAUAAAAUUCAAUUUGGGUUUUGAGGAAGCAUACCACAUGCAGAGUUCAUGGGUUAUACCCGACCCGAAACUCCGAGACGAAGUUAAAAUAUCAUUGGCUAGAAAAAUUGUUUCGGGCUAUCAGACCUUUUACCUAAAAUAUAGGGAACUAUUGAGAAGUGGUGGAGCGAAGUCAGUUGUCAGAUUUGCCCCUGACGAUUUGCAAAAUUACUUGUCGGAUUUAUUUUAUGGGACUGGACUUUCAGAGCAUGGAACGACGUCGUAUGACUCACCUUCGUCGUCGACGUCAAUUUCAACAUCGUCAUCUCCGUCACAUGGCCGUUAAGAAUUAACGGAAGAGAUUGUGUAUAGGCAAUGACAUAUUUUUAUUAAAUUUUUUUUAAUAGAAUUUUGUGGCUAUAAUGGUACAGGAGAAUCAAAAUUCUUUUAUUUAAUGAAAAUAA